CCUCAAGCAUCGCUAAUGCUGGCGCGCAGCAGCAGCUCUCGAGGAAAUUAUUUUAUUGUGCCGGGUGCUACAGCGGCGACCAUUCUGAUGCUCGGUGCGCUUCAUGCAAGGCGUCUCUACGAUGAUAAGAAGGUUGAGGAUAUGAAGGAAAAAGGAAUUGAAGUGGAGUUCGCCCCAGAUGCGAAGGCUGCAUUCUUGAGGUUGUUACCCUUGCGCUCUGUGUCACGCUUUUGGGGAUUUUUAAUGAGUCUGGAAAUUCCUGUUUUGCUGCGCCCUUCUGUCUACAAAGCAUGGGCUCGGGCAUUUCAUUCAAAUUUGGAGGAAGCUUCUCUGCCUCUGGAAAAUUAUGCUUCUCUGCAAGAGUUUUUCAUCCGUUCACUCAAAGAAGGUUCAAGGCCAGUUGAUCCAGAUCCCAACUGUCUGGUCAGUCCUGUGGAUGGUACGGUUUUGCGGUACGGAGAGCUUAGGGGACCAAGAGCGAUGAUUGAGCAAGUCAAAGGGUUUUCUUAUUCAGCUUCUUCUCUUCUUGGUGUGAAUUCAUCCCUUCAUGAGGUAGUCAAUGAGGAUGCACAGGAAGAUUGUUCUGAACAAAGCAUAACCGAAGAGUUAGCCAAACGCUCUUGGUGGAGGAUAUCAUUAGCCUCACCUAAAUUGCAGAACCCUAUCUCAUCACGCCCAAAGAAAGGUGUUUUCUACUGCGUGUUAUAUUUAAAUCCUGGUGAUUAUCAUCGUGUGCACUCUCCUACAGAUUGGAAUGUGUUUCGUCGCAGACAUUUUUCAGGUCGACUGUUCCCGGUAAAUGAACGCGCUACACGAACAAUUCGAAACUUAUAUGUUGAGAAUGAAAGGGUGAUUCUUGAAGGUCGAUGGGGGGAAGGCUUCAUGGCAAUUGCAGCUGUUGGUUCUACCAAUGUUGGAUCUAUAAAGGUUUUUACUGAACCCGAGUUGAGGACAAACAGGCCAAAGUGGAGGCUGCUAAGCUCUGAUCCUCCCAAUGAGAAAAUAUAUGAACCUGAAGGAAUUGGCAUUAUGCUAAAGAAGGGCGAUGAGGUAGCAGUGUUCAAUAUGGGCUCCACAGUUGUUCUUGUGUUUGAAGCACCGAUUUCUGAAUCACGAGGGGAAAACGACCCUGCUUCAGAGUUCAAAUUUUGCAUCAGAUACGGAGAGAGAGUGAGAAUGGGGCAAGCCAUAGGUAGGCGGGUUGGUUCUUAAGUAGCAGUGAGAAUUCUCCCUGGUCAUAGCGAAGGCCGAACUUUAUAGUGUUGCGAUAUCGGCGAAAUUGAUUCCUGUCCCUUGGGGAAAUUGAAUCCUUUCCCUUGUUGGUAUCCUCGGUGAUGCUUUUGGGUUUGGUCUCUUUCGGGUGAGUAUGGUCACCAAUAUUUAUCAUGUUUUGGGCGCCUUUCCAAUAUUCACGUGAGAAAUGUACAAGUCUCGUUAUGUAGCGUGUAACCCUCAAAUUAAUUUCUAGGCUAUUGCGGUUUUCUAGUGAGUUAAAUUCCUCCAUUUUCCUACGUUUUGGUGUUGAGAUGACUAGUUUCACUUUACUA